AUGGUACCAAUCAGGUUAUCACGCGAUUCUACGGAAAAAUCAUCGGCUACGUUGUCGGGGUUGUUUCGAGAAAGGACAAUGAAUUUGCUUACUCAAUUUACAGAUACAUCUGAUCCUGAAAUCCAAUUGAAGGGCCGUGAAAUUUCUCACGUUGUUCCUGAAGAACUCAUGGAAACAAAUGAAAGACGGAAUAGCAAUGGAUCAGGCACAGUGAUGAAAACUUCCUACAGUACACCACAACUUCAAACGCCUACCGUAGCCGAGAAAUUCUUGUUUCCGAAAGGAGAUGAACAAAAAAUGCGAAAAUACAGCGUCGAGCAGAAGAGCGAUUCCGGAAUUGUGAAGGAUACGCUAACGCAGAAGGAUUCAUGGCUAAGCGUUGAUGGCUACUUCACUCCAAGAGAGACUAUUAAACGAAAAAAGGAAAUACCUCAACCAUGUCAUGAUUCUGUCAGCACUGAACGCCUCUACAUGGAUCGACCACGUCGUAGUGGCGGCGGCGGUGGCGGUGCAGCAAAUGCCGGCAUUCGAUCUCGAAUCACGUCAUCUAAGGCGAUACUUACCGAGAAGGACUGGAAAGAGUACGAUCUGGAUUAUUUGGAUGUUGCAAAAUUACAGCUGAAACGAAUGAGUGAAGACAUGAAAAGGACACCACCACUUUCGUCGAAUGCACGGCUGGUUGGUGCAUCGUUAACGUCAUUGACGGAUGCGUCCAGGGUACAAUUUUCACUAUCACAAACGCCACCAAUGGCACCACCUGUACAACCGUCAUUUUCACCAAUUCUACAAAGUUUCUCUCGAGAGCAUCGAGGAGAAUUGGACAUGUCGGAAAAGUACAACUACGACCUCAGUAAAGCACAAUUGAAGGCGAGCAGCCGAACGUCGGCACUUCUUGCUGGUUUUGCUAUGGUUGCGCUGGUCGAGCUACAGUAUGACCAAAGCACACCGCAUUGGUUACUGAUUCUACUCGGUGUGGUGACAACUCUGCUUGUUUCUGUACAUUUAUUAGCACUUAUGAUGUCCACAUGUAUACUACCGUAUAUGGAAGCUACUGGUUGUACACAAGACUCACCGCAUAUUCGAUUAAAAUUCUACAUUGACCUAUCGUGGUUAUUCUCGACAUGUAUUGGUUUACUGUUAUUCCUUGUUGAAAUUGGCAUAAUAUUCUUUGUUAAGUUUACCUCUGUAGAUUAUCCAGUAGCUGGUUACAUCACAACAAUUUUACUUAUACCUGUUGUGGUUGUCUUCGUUGUGUUCUCGUAUUUGAUACAUAAAAGCAGAGUGUCGCAUACGUUAGGACGAUUUAAAGAUAAGGUUGAUACAAUGAAACAAUUUUUGGAUGUUGAAGCUCAAAUGACAAAAUCUUCACUGGGAGCUGUUAAGGAUAUUUGA